GCUGCUGUGUCAAUUCAAACGUUUAACGAGUGCAGAACACAACAGCGACAGCACGCGACAAUCGAUAAUCGCCCAGUACACCACCAAAACAAAAACAUAAAUAAAAUAACUGUGAAAAUGCAUGCCUGCAAAUUGCUGUUGACUUUGCUGCUUGCGCUGCACUGCUUGCAAGGCCUUUUGGCCGCCUGUGUGUGUUCGGAGAAGGGCACGGAUUACUGCCAGAGCUGUCAGGGUCCGACAAUAGUGCGUCCCAAGCCGCGUUACUACGAGCCCAGCGAUGUGAACUUAUCGCCAAUUGGCGAUAACUGCUGGUGCAGCAAGCAACUGAUCGAGCCCGCUCAGUUGCCCAAGACGUGUGGCAAAAAGACGCCAUGCAAACCCACCUGCGGCUGCCAGCAGAGCGACAGCGGCGAUAGUAGCUACACUAGCUGCAGCAGCAGCAGCAGCAGCUCCAGCUCCAGUUAUGAUAACAUUGCGUACGCUGCGGAAAAGUCACAGGACAACAGUCCAGCUGCGGAUCCCAUCAGCGUUGGAUUAGCUGCCCAGGCGGGCAAGGCGAUCAAUGUCCCUGAAGCAAAGUUGGCCUAUGGCUUUGCCCAGAAACCGGUGGAUGGACAGCAGAAGGUCUUCUUCUCCAAUGUGCCCGAGGAGAAUCUGUUCAAGCUGAAGAGCGAAGUGAUUACGCUUAAGAAGCGCACCUAUGCCGCCAAGGAAGAGGAGGAGGAAUACGUUGAGGAGGAGGAACAGGACAGCACCGGCGAUGAUGAUGACGUGCCGCAGCUGACAUACAAACAGUUGGGCUACAUUACCGAACAGUACAAGAAUCCCAAGUUCAAGAAGAUCACCUCCAGCAAAUCAUCAUACUCCAGCAGCAGCGACAGCGAUAGCUACGGCAAAGUGGGCGGCAAGGUGUCCGUCGACUGUGGCUUCAAGCCCGGACGCGUCACCUCGUAUCGCAGUGCACGACGCCAGGAGCUGAUGAGCGAUAGCUAUUAGGAUUAGCUACUUCUCUCUCCCACUGUACAUAAUUGUAAAUGAGUUUAGUUCGUUGAUUAGUUGGAUGGAUGGAUGUAUUAGAAUAAUUGCUUAGCAAAUUCAAUUGUAGACACUUUUGCACCCAAAAUUUUAUUAUAGGAAAAUACAAAUUCACGGCAUAAUCCGUUAAAGAUACCAAACACAAUUUUGUGUG